CAUCAGUUAGUGAAUGUAACAUGACUGUAUGUUUUCUGGCUAUUUGACCAUAGUUGUGAGCAGGUUACUGCAAGGGAAAAAUUUGAUUACUUUUCAAAUGUAACCUCCCAUAAGCUAGUAUUGUAGGCUACAUGUCUCUUGGCCUACGUGUCUGUGAAUAACUUGCAUGUUAUAUUUGUAUAGCCUGAUUGUAUUCACUAACAACCUCUCUGUCUAUCCGUGUAUCUGUCUGCCUGUAUAUAUUUAUCCAUAUAUCUAUCUAACCUGGGCACGCCCCGGAUAUAUCCUCGUUAUCUUGCUUCACUAAACCUAACAAUCCCGCUAAACCAGGUUUCCCCGAGCGAUUAAAAACAUGGACUGGUCUAGAGCGCCGUACUUCACAGAAGUACAAACUAAAUAUUUAACAAAUACGAUGCGUUUAAGAGCAUAAUUCAAGCAAAAAGCAACACUGUUCCGGCUUCCAGAAAAAGAAAGGAAUGUUGGGAGAAAAUCGCCGAAUGCAUACACGUUAUACACCAGAACCAAACUGGGUUACAUGUACUACAAAAGGCAAAUGAGGAAGGCUCGAGAGCAAUUUCCCACCGGCCAUUCUAGGACACAGCCAAUGGAAUUCAAUGGUAUUAAAAUCAUACCCAUCUCAGUUCUCUCCGACAACUACAGCUACCUUAUAAUAGAUACUGAAUCCAGUGUGGCUGUAGUAGUGGACCCUGCAGAUCCAGAAGCAGUUCAGGCAUUCCUGGAGAAGGAAGGGGUUAUGUUGGAAGCCAUCUUCUGCACGCAUAAACACUGGGACCACAGUGGGGGUAACAAAGGCCUGAAAAGGCUCCACAACUCCUGCCGGGUGUAUGGGAAUGCAACUGAUAACAUUCCGGGACUCACACACCCCCUCUCAGACAAGGACUGUGUGACCGUUGGGCGCAUGACUUUCAGGGCCCUCUUCACCCCUGGACACACCGUUGGUCACAUGAUCUACCUCCUGGAUGGACGGGCCAUCAGAGCACCUUCCAGCCUAUUCUCUGGAGACCUUGUCUUCCUUUGUGGAUGUGGGAGGAUGUUUGAAGGCAGUGCUACAACAAUGCUGUCUUCUCUUGACACAGUCGGCUCCUUAAGCGAUGAAACCCUUCUCUGGCCGGGCCAUGAGUAUGCAGAAGAUAACCUGCUGUUUGCUGCUGAGGUAGAGCCUCGGAACACUGCCAGGGAAAAUAAGUAUCAGUGGGUGCAACAACAGAGAGGUCAGAAGCUAUGCACGAGCCCCUCCACCAUAGGAGAGGAGAAGGAGUACAAUCCCUUCCUGCGGAUCCACUCAGUGGAUCUUCACCAGGCCCUGGGUCUCCAGCAAUAUCAAGAUGAGGACUGGACCCAGUUUAGGGCCCGCGUCUUAGGGGAGUUACGCAGACUCAAAGAUGUUUACAAGGGAAAGAAGUGACCUCAGUAGUAACGCGGUAGGAGCCUUGCAUAAGGCAGUGUUAGCAAUAUUAGAGUGGUUUUAGGACUGAAGUGAAACUUUAAGCUAUGAAUGGAGUGAAAGUAGGGCUGGGCGAUAUUUUUUUAAAUCGAUUUAUCAAAGUAAUGACUUCCCUCAAUAAAGAUAUCGUAACAUAAAUUCAUUUUCAAUAAUAUUGAUAAUGUUGACAGAGAAUAAUAAGGAACAGCAGUCCAUUUAAUUUCUGUGAUGCAGCAGGAAGUUGCUGAGAAAUGGUAGCCUACGUACGCUCACUAAAAUAUACUGACUGAGCACCGCAAGUGGAGUAGCUAGGGAUGGGCGUGGUUAAUCGAAUAUCCGGAUAUCCUAAAGUAAGUUAGUAUUCGAAUACUUUUUUCGAAUACUUAUGAGCGUAGUUUAAUAAAAAAUAAUAAUAAUAAUGAAAAACCGUUGCGUCGUGUUGUGAAUUCUAAUAGUUGUGACGUUAGAAAUGAUGAAAACAUCAAAAAGGUAGGCUACGCCUGCGUUCUGCUGCGAGUCUCCUUUCAUUUCAUUUGGCGCUACAAGAAGCAUAGUGUCCUGGCUAAGCAGUACCUCGCAGCAACCUCAGUUCAUACAGUCUUUUCUACGCCGGCCUGCUCGUAAAUCGACUCCGUACUCGCCUCUCCCCUGAGCAUGUUUACAUGCUAAUUUUCCUGAAUAAACAUGCGUAUGGCUAAUGCAGUUGUGGCUUAUUUGUUUUCUUACCAGUAGCAUGUAGAGCUAGCGUAAUCGGCUGCUUAUGUUUGCAUUGUGUGGUGGCGCACCGUAUCCUAUAGGAUUCCGGUUCCAAGUUAAUAUCCAAGUUAAUAUGCAAUAUUUCUCCAUGUGUGUCUUUCGUUUUUAUCGAGGAUAGCCUACCCAAUGUGUUUAAUUUAGUCCAAUGUAGCCUACUUUUUAUUUCACAUAAUAAUAGGCUAAUCGCUUUUCCGCCAAAUUAAGAGCCUACGUCUGAAGACGCAGCGUUCCUUCAAGUUCAUUGUCUUGUCGUCAUGUUAAUAAAUUGAUCUUUCAUUUGUUUUCUUUAUUCAACCCUUAUUUAAUCUAAUAAUUUAACAGUCCCAAUUAUUGCCAGAAUGUGUGGUGGUUGAUGUGUUUACUCUAUGCUUUGCGUCACGUCAGGCUAAUUACAUAACGGAACCACAUUGACAAAAAUUGAUUAUCCGGAUAUUCAAAAAUAAUUUCGGAUACUAUUCGAAUAGUGAAAUCAGUUCAAAUCUCCAUCCCUAGGAGUAGCCAAUGUUAACCGCGUAAAAUGAGUCUUAUUGACGAAAACAGUGGCAGCGAUAGCCAUGGCGAGGGAGCAACAUCAAAUGAAGAAAUUAUUGAUAAAAAGGGUUCGUCUUCUUCAGUUAUUUGGAAGUGGUUUAGCUUUUUGAAAUCCGACAAAGAGCAGAGCAAUGUUCGGUGCAAAUUGUGUAGUAAACAAACAGGUGGCUACCAAGUCUUGUAAUACGACAAACCUUUUUUACCACCUGAAGCUAAAUCACUCGUUGGAACAUGCAGAAAGUGUGAGUUUGCGCCAAGGUAUUGAUAAAAAGCAAGUUACUUGACCCCAGGUACGUGCUCCCUGGCCGCAAGCAUUUCUCUCACACCACGCUGCCUAAACUUUAUGCCGAGUGUAGGGAAAAAGAUGAGGAAGAGAGUUAUUUUGCUACUACUACGGAUCUGUGGUCUAUCGUCUUAACCUAUCGUUAUCAAAUGGAAAUAUAAAUAUCUAUCGUGACAUUUUUUUACCCAUAUCGCCCAGCCCUAAGUGAAAGGUUUAGGGAACAAAAUGACAUACUUGCAGGUACAACACUAAAAAGCAGUGUGUAGGUUGUUUGCUGGCAUUCCAUUCAUUCAACAGACCUUUCAUGGAAAUUAAGAUAUCUUGGACUUUUUCAGUUAUGUGAAAAAUUGCUCAAAGUCACUACUGAAUAUUUACUUAAGGUAUGCACAGUACUGUAUUGUACUCCACUGUAAACUCAGCUGUAAUCAGCACAAUUUCAAAAGUUUAAAUUAAAGAUGUUUUAUUGAUAGUUUUUAAUUUGUUGAACAAAGGUACUACAACGUGAUUCAGUGCUUGGAUACUCCACUUUAUGUACUCAUUUGAAAAACCUAAUCAUCCACUCAUGAGUCACUAACUGGUGAUGGGACAGGUAGUGAAAACAAAUAGCUGCUAUUAAAUACUCGUGUGUAUUUUCUCCCCAAAAAUACUCAGCUUUUCAGAAAAGCAUAUUGAUUAAUAAUGAAAA